CAAAAACUACUUUAAAUUUUGGCAUAUAUAUAACGAAAACCAAGUUAUUAUGAGCAUAUAUUCAAUUAAGAAAUUUUGGCAGCAUAAAUGGGUCCAGGAAGGAUUGCAACCACUUUAGUUAUUAUGUUGGUACCAAUAUUUUGGGCAGUGGUGUGCGCGCAACCAAGUUGCCCCGGUGCGUUAACGUCCUUAACUCCUUGCUUGAGCUUUAGCACAGGAAAUUCAUCUACACCAUCUUCUUCUUGUUGCUUGGAGCUCGCGAAUAUGCUUCAGACUGCGCCCGUGUGUCUUUGUAACAUGCUUAACGGUGUUGGUGCAGAAGCACUUGGUGUUUUCCUUAAUCGGACUCUAGCUCGUGCUCUUCCUAGUUCGUGUCAUAUGCAAACUCCACCUCUUAGUCAAUGCGAUGGGCUGGGCUCUCCGACUACUGCUGAUGGUGCAUACUCUAAAGGAACCAUACUAAACAUUCCAUUGCUACUUGCUACCUUCACAUUUAUAGUAGCUUCAUCGCUCCUUUUUUAGGUUUCAUAAAAGUGAUCAUUUAUUAUUAAUGUGUACGUUUUUCUAGAUAAUCAAAUUGUGCUUUGAUUAUAAUAUUCUUUCAAUAUAUCAUAUGUUUCGCUUGCUGUAUCA